GCACGUGAUCAGCUGAUCCAGUGAACCUUAUCAACACCUGUCACCAGUGACUGCCUCAGUCGCUCUUUUCUUGUUAUAGCAAUGGGUGGAGGCGUCAGUUUUCCCGUGGUUCCCCUGUCUCGCGACCGUGUUGUACUGGUGACCGGUGGAAACACAGGUCUGGGGUACGAGGCAGCUAAACACAUCGCCAUGAUGGGAGCCUCUGUCGUCAUAGCCUGCAGAUCACAGACCAGGGCGACUCAGGCCAUACAACGGAUGAACGAGGAGUUCAGAGCUUCGAAAGAAGCCGGAACACUCCCAGAGGGCAUCAGCCAAACCGGAAGUUUGGCAGUAGAUUUUAUGGAACUUGAUCUGGCGUCCCUUAAGUCCACCAUGGCAUUCAUUGAGGCCUUCAAGGCAUCCGGCCGCAAGCUGCACGUACUUCUAUGUAAUGCUGGUGUGGCAAUGUUGCCCAGAGGUUUCACAGAAGAUGGCCAUGAAACAAUGUUCCAGGUGAACUAUUUGGGCCAUUUCCUGAUCAUUGCUCACCUGGUGCCUACAAUGAAGACCUCAGGUAGCGACUGCCGCAUCAUCUUCACAUCCAGCCAAGCCCAUAUGUACAGCGAGAGGGAGUUCAGGGAGUCCAAGGUCAAGGCCGAGGAUCCCGCGGUAUAUGGAAGGAUGCUCAACUAUGGUACCUCCAAACUGUUUCAGGUACCCACAUAUGUAAUUACUGAUUACGUUGUUUGGGUGUGUGUCAGAUUGUCGAAAAAACAUAUCACAUCAGUAAGAUUUGAGUUGAAUUUCAUUGCUUACAUGAAAUGUUUUGCUACUACUCAGAUCCACCAUAUGUUUUGUCUGUCGCGGAGACUGAAGGGCACGGACAUUUCGGUCACUUGUCUGCAUCCGGGUAUUGUGCGGACUGAAGUUACACGGAGCUUCACUGACAGUACAGCACUUGCAGCUAUGUUUGGAACAUUUAGAAUGCUUGGAUUUACAAAGACCCCGUUACAAGGGGCGACAACUCUGAUAGAUGCAGCAGUGAACACAGUAUGGCGGGGUGUGUCGGACGUUUAUCUUAUGGACUGUAAGCCAAGUUCUACACACUCCUGUGCAAGAAACCAGGAAUAUCAAGAAAAAGUGUGGAAAUAUUCUUUAGAAUGCUUGAAAAAUUAUCUCCCAGAAGACGUCGUUGAUAGCUUGGAAGGCCGAAGUUAACGACGGCAGAAUAAGCUGUAGACCAUGAAGGCACUGUAGCUGAUGACGUUACAACAACCAGUUAAAUAACGUGGGAUUAUCAGGUACUCCAGGCAAUGGCCGAUCAAAUAUUUUCUGACCUAUCAGGUACUCGAGACAAUGACCGAUCAAAUAUCUUCUGACCUAUCAGGUACUCGAGACAAUGGCCGAUCAAAUAAUCGAUAUAUGAUCGAUUAUGCAUUGAGUAAUAUGGCAUACUCAUAACUGAUGAUCAGUUACAUGACCUGAUCAGUUUCCAAUGUUUACCUGUUUACACAUCCAAUAGUAGCUACCAAUCAUAUAAACUAGAGAUUUAUCAGAUAUUGGGAAGCAAAGAGAUAAAUUCGCACUCAUAAUGUCACCAAUGGACAAGCACAGUACGUGUAUUUAGGCUACUGACGGUGACUGUACAUUCAGGUUGUGCAGUCACAUGAUAACUUGACGUAUAAGAUGAUCGAUUGCUCACAUCGUGCCAUAUGCUACUGUUUGAUAACUUUACAAGGGUAUGUGCAGCCUGAUAUUUUAACCUGUGCAAAUUCCCUUUCAGCAACAGUUUUGUGCCCACCCAUUGCAAGCAGACGUUUCUGUUCCAGUUGGUGAAAGCAGCACAAAACAUCCCUGUGUGGACGUCACUGACGAUGCACAGAAACUGUUUAUAUACGUGACUUUCUGUGUUAAUAUUGUUCGUAUGCCUCUUUGUAGUUAUCUUUUGUUCAGUGCACAGGUCUUCAAGUUCAGUAAUGUAAUUGGUUCUAUGAGAAAAAUGUUCAUGUUUGUGCCCACGAACAUCAUCAAUUCUCAACUCAAAUGGUUUUGUUGAAACCAUAACGACUGAAGCACUGCUUAUCCAACACGCUUAACCUUUAUAUCAGAACACCAAUGCCUUGACAAACAUGUACAUUGAAGGUGCAUGUUAUGAUUUGUAACAUUAUGUAUUGAUGAAUUUAUAUUCAAAUGUUUUUACUAUUAAUGAUGUUCCGUUUUAAUUGACGUAGCCUAUUGAGAAACCUUAAUUUAUAUUUGUCGUUCUGUUAUUGAUUGAGAGACUGGUAUCAUUAUCAAUAAAGGGUUUCACAAUG